AUGGGUUCCGCCAAGGAUUCUAUCCCGUCACCACCACGCAGCGGCGUCCAGGGUAGUGCUAGCGCCGGUGCAGAUGAUGUUGCGGCGGAGGCGGAGUUUCGUGCGGCCAUGCGCUUUAUCCGAAAGGGGCCAUCCGCCUCACUGCAGUUCGUUGUAGACGAGAAGCGCGCCGAGCUGUACGCGUUAGAGGCACAGGCAGUGCACGGCCCAUGUUCUGAGGCGAGUGCAAACCCUCCAGUGCUCGAGGACCCGUCUAGCAGGCGGCGGCGCGAGGCAUGGGUAGCUCUAGGGCAGAUGCCGGCUGCAGAGGCUAAGAGGCAGUUGGCAGCGCUGCUCUCUCUGCUCAUUCCCGACUGGACAGAUUGGGAGCAUAGCAAGAGGGGCGAGGGAGGGGGGUAUGGAAGAGAGGGUGAAGAAGGCAUGAGCAGAGAAACGGUGCAAGGGCGGGGUUCCGAGCAAGGUGAACUGAGUUCUCGGGACGAGAAAGGAUAUGAAGAGGAGCAAGGAGGAGGCUUGGCUGAUCAACUUCUGAGGAGGUUUGCAGCGCGCACCAAUGUACCACUUGGAGCACUAAGAGCCCGACUGUGA